UAACUGCGCAGGCGCGCGCUGUCGUGAGUGAAUGCAGUUGUUUCGACGUUUGCGCAGCCGACAGCGGGAGAGACGAAGUCAUCUGUAGCCUUUUCUUCUGGGACUUUAAACCAUCGGCUUUGCCUCUACGGCCAUCAGAUUAUCCAUCCAUAUAAUACGGGACUUCCCUUGUAUAAACAUCACUUUUAAUAAUGCCCCGAGGCGGGAAAAAGGGCCACAAGGGUCGAGGGAAGCAAUUCAGCAACCCCGAAGAGAUUGACCGACAGAUGAAAGCACAGAGAGAGCUGGAGGCAAACGCCGGUGCAGAGAAAGGGAGCGAUUCAGACUCGGAGGAAGAGAGCAGCAGCGAAGAUGAAUCUGACUCCAGGAAGAGGAGCGGAGUAGAGGGGCUUAUAGAGAUUGAAAAUCCCAACCGUGUGUCUCAGAAAAGCAAGAAGGUGGCCGAAGUAGACGUCACUGCUCCCAGAGAGCUGUCUCGCAGAGAGAGAGAGGAGAUAGAGAAGCAGAAAUCAAAGGAGCGUUACAUGAAGCUCCAUCUUGAGGGGAAGACCGACCAGGCCAGGGCCGACCUGGCCAGAUUGGCCAUUAUCAAGAAACAGAGGGAGGAAGCCGCCAAGAAGAGAGACGAACUCAGGAAAGAAAAAGAUGCCGAAGAAGCCAAAGGAAAGCGCUAGUCCUCCAUCCGAACGCUUCAACAUGCACUUCAGUCUCAGGUGGAUGGCAAGAGAAGGAGAUCUGGAGGAGGUGGAGAUGGAGGAGGAGGAAGAGAACGGGGAGGGGACCAAUUCGAGUGGCAUCAGAUCAGGGGUGCUCCUGAACUCCUGUCCCUCAUUUCAAAUCAGGAGGGGCGUGGGUCUUCCACGGCAGUGUGGUCAGGACAGGGAAAAACGGGUGGAGCAAAGCGAGAUGAAGAGGAAUGCAACAUUUGGGAUGCCUCUAGUUUUCUUUAAAAGUCUUAAAGUGGAGAUAAUCACAGGUUUUCCAAGUGCUUCACGGCCUCUUCACUCUUCACCACCCACCAUGGUUUUAAUUCUAAAGCUGCUGAAGUUAUAGCUCUUCUUUUUUUUGAUUCAUAUAUAUUGACAAGGUUACCUAAUACAAGUUUACUUAAUGACUGGACAGAUAUUAAAGUGAGCGUGCGCAAAGGAUUUCUUUGGUGCUUUACUUUUCCUUCCAUUUUUCCGCCUGUUUUGUAAGAUGACAAAUCAGUGUCAGAUGGAGAAAAGAACACUAUUCCGAGGAUAAACUGAUAUAUAGGAAUUA